CGCGAGGCGGGGGUCAAAUUUUCUCUCUCAGCCAUCUUGGAUAUAGUGUCCUGAGUCGCAACCAUGCCUGGCGAAGCCACAGAAACGGUCCCAGUCACCGAGCAGGAGAUGCAGCAGCCCCAAGUAGAGACUGGAUCAGGCACCGAGUCAGACAGUGAUGAGUCGGUACCUGAACUGGAGGAACAGGAUUCUGCACAGACACAGACACAGCAGGCUCAGCUUGCAGCUGCUGCUGAAAUAGAUGAGGAACCAGUCAGCAAAGCCAAACAGAGCCGUAGUGAAAAGAAAGCGCGAAAGGCAAUGUCAAAGCUUGGACUCAGGCAGGUCACAGGAGUCACCAGGGUCACCAUUCGCAAGUCCAAGAACAUCUUGUUCGUCAUCACCAAACCAGACGUUUACAAGAGCCCUGCAUCAGAUACCUACAUUGUCUUUGGUGAGGCUAAGAUUGAAGAUCUUUCUCAGCAAGCCCAGCUGGCUGCCGCAGAAAAGUUCAAGGUACAGGGAGAAGCCGUUUCAAACAUCCAGGAAAACACACAGACGCCAACAGUACAGGAAGAAAGCGAAGAGGAAGAGGUUGAUGAGACUGGGGUUGAAGUUAAAGACAUUGAACUCGUCAUGUCACAAGCCAACGUGUCGCGGGCGAAGGCUGUACGCGCCCUGAAAAACAACAACAACGACAUUGUCAAUGCUAUUAUGGAGUUGACAAUGUAAUUGGGUGACUGGCGGCAAGGUGAAGAGGUUGCUGAUUUAAUCUACACUUGUUUAUACCAUUUAUACCCAAGAUAGAAAUAAAGUUGUGGCUUGAUAAAUUGAAA